AUGUGGACUGUUGUACUCUAUGCGCUCAUUCGUCUCAUCGCAGCCGAGCUCUGUGAAAAGAGAGAAUGGAGAGAUGUCAGGUGGUACUACGACGAAGAGGAGAGCACGUGCUUUGCCUAUCCAGUCAACUGCCACACGCCGGUAAAAAUCACCGCUGAGCUUCAUAAUAGCGAAGAACAGUGCGCCUUAAAACAUAUGGCACUCACAUGGAAGACGUACACGCUGUCAUGCCCGUUCUCCCUUCCGCUGGCUGUUUUCACCCGUAGCAAUGGCGAUCAGGUGCCAUACAUAUUCUCGCCUGCACUAUGUCGAAGAAAUGGAGACAGGAUGGUGUCGGACAUGUGCAGCUCAUCUGAGUUCUGCCACACGCACCGGCAUUUCGCAUUUUGCUGCAACAACAGAGCAUUCGUCGGACAAGCGCCAGUCAGCGGCAAAUUCACGAUAACUGGAAUCGGUGGACCUAAGAAGCACCUGGUGGGAUCUGUGGUCACUUCUGCGCCUCCGAGAGCACCAAUUGACUGCAAUACUCAUGGAGACAGGCGUUCACUCGAGUGGUACGCACGCAGCGGCAUGGCUUGCAUAGCUCGUCGUUCAGACUGCCUUUCUCCUGGCUUUCCGGUUGAGGCUGUUGAUACCACAUAUCUAAGUCAGCAACAGUGCAUGGACGCCCGAUUCUGUGAGAUUUGA